UGUUGACAAUUUAAUGUCAAAAACAGCUGUCAAGUGUCAAUUUAUUGAAAAAAUCAUGAUGCCAAAUUUUUAAGGCGAAGCGUGUCGACUUUUAAUUCUUUUGAUAAUUCUAUAAUAGCACGUGUUUAAAAUACAUUUUGUUUCAAAUUAAAAAUUGUAGCUCCGAAGAGAAUGGUUGUGUUCACAUGCGGCCACUGUGGAGAGUCCGUUCAAAAGCCGAAAGUAGAAAAACACUAUUUAACCAAAUGCAGGAAUAAAAAUCCAAAUGUGUCGUGUAUGGACUGUUUUAAGGACUUUUUAGGCAAGGAUUAUGAAGCCCAUACAAAAUGCAUCACUGAGGAAGAACGUUAUUCUGGUAAGGGUUUCACACCAAAAGAGAAGAAGGGUGAGAAGAAACAGAAUGUUUGGGUAGACAUGAUACAAUCUGUCCUCGAUGAGCAAAAGAAUGCCUCCAGUAAUGUAAUAAGGAUCAUAGAAACUAUAAGUAAGCACAAUAACACACCUAGAAAGAAGCCUAAAUUCGUUAACUUUGUUAAGAAUGUAUGUGGUAAUAAAACCAAUAUGAAAGACAUUGAUCAAGCGUGGGAGAUUAUUUCUGUGAAGUUAACGGAACUAUCAAAUUUAAAUCAGAAUGCAAAUAAGAAAAAAGACGAUAAAAUUGAAGGAAACUCUGUUAAUGGAGAAAAACUUAACGGGCAUGCAAUUAACGGUACUUUAGAUAAUGAGGAAGAGAAAGAAAAUGAUGGAGAACAUGACCUACAAAAUGGAGUGGAGAAAGACCAGAAACUAUCAAAGAAACAGAGAAAAGAAGAGAAGAAACACAGGAAACAUGAAGCUGAACUGCAGAGUGUCAAGGCUGCACUCGAACAAACUUUAGAAGAGGAAAAUGAAGUGCCUAAGAAGGACAAGAAGAAUAAGAACAAAGGUGUCACGCAGGAACAAGUAAACGGACAAGAGGACACUGACAAAAACAAGAAACGCAAGCGACAAGACACUGUGAACAUUCCUGAUGAGAAGCAACCUGAUCCUAACAGUAAUGAACAAUCAAAUUUAAAUCAGAACGCAAAUGAAGAAAAAGAGGAAAUGGGUGAGGAAAAUUCUGUUAAUGGAGAAAAAGUAAACGGCCAUGAUACUAAUGGUAUUUUAGAGAAAGAAAUUAAUGAUGAAGUACAAAAUGAAGAAGAUAUUGAUGGUGAGGCGAAAGAAAAUGAUGUACAAAAUGGAGUGGAGAAAUUAGACCAGAAACUGACAAAGAAACAGAGAAAAGAAGAGAAGAAACGGAGGAAAUAUGAAGCAGAACUGCUGAGUGUUGAGGCUGCACCAGAACAAACACUGGAAGAAGAAGAUGAAGUGCCUAAGAAGGGCAAGAAGAAUAAGAACAAAGGUGACAACACACAUUCUCAAGAACAAGUAAACGGACAUGAAGGGAAUGACAAAAACAAGAAACGCAAGCGACAAGACACUGUGAACAUUCCAGAUGAGAAACAACCGGAUCCUGACAAUACUGAAAAUGGUCCAGCGAAAGAAAAAUCCAUUAAAAAAAAGCUGCGAAAAGACAGCAAACAUGACCCCGAGGAAAGCAUAUGCCUCCAUGAUCAAAAUGUUGCUAAAAGUGAAACAGAGGUGGCCGAGGUCAAUAAUGGCAAGUUUAAUUGGCACGAGGUCAUAAUAUCCCUUUUACAGAAGAAAGGUAACGAAUUACCCUUCAAACGUCUUCAGAAGAAGGUACUCGGUGAAUAUUCUGAAUACACUGGAUGCGAAGUUGAUGAUCGCAUUGCUGAUAAGUUCAUAAAGAAGUUGAAGAGCGCACCCAAUGUUAGGGUUGAUAAGAACAGGGUUCUGUUGCUGGUUGACGAAUAGAUUUUCUGUGUUUUGUAAUAAACUCGAUAUAUUCUUAUUAGGGUGAUCGCACAUCUUAUACCUGAGUGCUGCGCAGGUAAAAUAGUAUCAAUGGAAUGAAACGUGUAUACUUAUUAGAUUUAGGGUACGCCUGACUUUGAGGUUCGAAAACCAAGGUCCCAAAGGACCUGUCCCUAUUUUGUAUGGAGGCUGGGCCUUCAUUCCGAGUGUCAACUAAACAGAACAUAUUAUUUUUAUCUUAAAAGAAUAUAAAAUAUAGGGCUUAAAUAAUAAGCUUAGGCUAGGGCUUACUAUUUAUUUUUUCGUUACGAAAACUAACUUACGAGUACGUUAGUGAUCUAUAAUCUUAUGUUUUUCGUCAACUAAAAUUAACUAAAGAAACUUUAGAAAAGAACGAUGUAAUGCAUACCUAAAUAUCAGCUAAGACGUAAAUUUCUUUGUUCUUCUACAUUUACUUUUUUUUUGUCUAGAAAAUGAAUACUAGCUGUAUCUUUUAAAUAUUUCUUUUUCCUCCACUUAGUCGUGAAUUGUUAGGGGUGGCCACGACAAUAGUCCAACGGGCGGGAAUCGAACCCAUGACCUCUCAGUGUUGUCUUUGAAGCGUUUGUAGAAGAGAAUGGACGUGCCACAUGGCUACAGGCUCUGGUGUUAAGAUGUGCGAUCGCCUUAAUACUUCAAUGUCUUCUCCAAGGACUGAGUUAUAAGACAAUUAUUAUUAAUAAUGAUUGCAAUCUCUUGCACUGCCCAAAUUUUUUUUUCUCGUCUAUUUUAGAGAUGCUCUUAUAUGAUUUUACUGAUGUAUUGUAAACUUUCAAUACCAACAAUGAUAUUAAAAAAUAACCAAAAUAUA